AGGUUAGAAGCUGGGAUGGACAACCCAAGGGCGUCGGCUGCGGGAGGAAGAUUCUUAGAGGCCAUGCAGUAAGUAAGAGGAAUGGGAAGACCCCAUCAAGUCGGAAGUAGUUCCAGCCGUAGCACAAGCGUCCAGGAAUCGUCCCCGCAGAUUCCUCUGAAUUGCAGUCGGAAGAAAACAUUCACUCUGGAGAUGGCGUGAGCUUUCACGCCAGGGGGAUUUAUCUAUCAAGGAAAAACUCGACCACUACAGGGCUCGGCCUGUCGAUCGAAGGAUUGCGCUCGAUCCAACCAGAUAUGACGUGAAGCAUCGAGAGAGUGAAGACAGAGUGAAGAAAGAGAAGGAGAGGAGUCGGCAUUUUCAGAUCAUGGGCAUCGUUCGUCUGCGACUCGUGCAUCAAUGUUAAUUCAGUCAGUUCAUGCAGUCGGCCCCUUGCUACUUCAACAGCCUCGAGGGAUCUAAAGCAGCUGACAGGCAAGUGUGCCUUUCAGUCAAUUCAUGGGGUCGGCCCCUUGCUACUUCAACAGCUUCGAAGGAUCUAAAGCAGCUGACAGGCAAGUGUGCCUUUCUCUCUGCGAUUUUACGUAAAAUUUGAUGAGCUUCCUUUCCGACAUGCACGUGAGCAGCUGGUCUCGGAGUGCGACAUGUAGAGCUGGAAAGACGAGAACCGAGAUCGAGACAAGAUGGUGAGCAGAUCGGCCGCAGUGCUGGGCAUGUGCCUGGCCGCGGUGGUGGCGUUCAGAUGGUCAGCUGAGAUGGCCGAGCGAAGGCCAGUGCACAAGAGAGUGUGGAUGGUGCAGCUGAGCAGCGACGAGUACUUGCCCGGAGUGCUGACGCUCGACUUCUCGAUGAAGAAGGUCGCGUCCAAGUACGCCCUGGUGGUCAUGCAUCCGCGCGACGCACUGAGCGACGCGACGAUGGCCGCGCUGCGCCGGCGCGGGAUCGCCACCAAGGCCAUCACCAUGCUGCGAGCGGCCAAGACGUACACGGGGUUCGACGCGCGCUUCAACCACGCCUGGACCAAGCUGCUGCCGCACGGCAUGACGGAGUACGACCGCGUGGUCGAGCUGGACGCCGACAUGGUCGCGCUGCAGAACGCGGACGAGCUGAUGGAGAUGCGCCUCGAGCCCGCGACGAUGGCCGCCACGCACGCCUGCGUCUGCAACCCCAAGCAGCUGGCCCACUAUCCGGCUAACUUCCGGCCGGAGAACUGCGCCUACACGGCGCAGCACGCCCGCCCCGCGACGGCGCACCUGCCGGAGCACGCCGUGCCCGGGCGCUUCGGGCUGGCGCUGCCGAACGGCGGCCUGCAGGUGAUCGACCCCGACGCCGGCACCUUCCGGCGCCUGCUGGCCGUGCUGGCCAACGCGACGCUGGUCGCCUCGUUCUCGCACGCCGAGCAGAACGCGCUGCGCCUCGUCUUCGCCGGCCGCUGGGUCGCGCUGCCCUGGGUCUACAAUGGCCUGUACACCAUGCGCGAGGCGCACCAGCCCAUCUGGAACGACAGCCUCGUCAAAAUCGUGCACUACAUCAUCGAGAAGCCGUGGGACGAUGCGUUGCAGGAGCACAGCCAUCUGGAAACUUACCGCUGGUGGUGGCGACUGCAGAAGGAGCGGCUCCGGUUCGAGCAGAACAUGGCUGCGGCCGUCUGAUCUCGCUUGGCCCUCGUGCCCACAUCAGGUCCAUGGACUCGUGUCUCAGACGACGUGAGGUGAUCAAUCCAUGCGAUCCUUCGAGACAGACUCAGGGCGGAGGUUUUCAGACAUUCUGCGGCUGUCAUGUGAAUUCGAGACGAGCGUUUGUUUUUUUACUCGGCUCCUCAUGGAGAGAGAGAGAGAGAG